GGGCAAACAAUCUAGAGUGCAUCCCAGACACGCGGAUCCUUAACCUUCGGAGGCGGUGCCAAGGUGCUGCUGUCAGUGUGCGCGGUGACGUCACGGCGCCUUUCGGUGACUGUGAUGGCGGACGGGAUUUUCCUCAGUGCUGGUGAGAGAGCAGCGAAAGAAAGACGUUCGAGCUCCCCGCUCUUUACCAGCUACCACAUCAUUUAGCCACUUCUUUGAGAGGGGAGAGGGAGGUGUUUCUUGAGUGUUUGCUGUAUGCUGUCCCUUCCCUGUGUAAUAUGUUGGAGAGGGAACCCGGGGAGUACGACAGUAGCCGGGACAAGACAGCAGGCAGCGGUGAUUUUUAAUCGAAACGAGUGAUAAACACCACUCCGAGGAGCAGAGCCAGGAGAACACCGGGAGUAAGGAGCCGAUCAGCGGGGACAACCGUCCAGCAUGAAAUUCGCGGAGCACCUCUCAGCCCAUAUCACUCCCGAGUGGAGGAAACAGUACAUCCAAUAUGAGGCUUUCAAGGAGAUGCUGUAUGCGGCUCAGGACCAGGCCCCAUCCAUAGAAGUGACAGAUGAAGACACAGUGAAAAGAUACUAUGCCAAGUUUGAGGAGAAGUUUUUCCAGACUUGUGAAAAGGAACUUGCCAAAAUCAACACAUUCUACUCAGAGAAGCUUGCUGAAGCCCAGCGCAGGUUCGCCACCCUCCAGAAUGAGCUCCAGUCAUCUCUGGACGCCCAGCGAGAGAGCAGCACUCCGCCGGGCCUGCGCCGCCGCCGCAAGACCGUAUUCCACCUGUCUCACGAGGAGCGAGUCAAGUACCGGAACAUCAAGGACCUGCAGCUGGCCUUCAGCGAGUUCUACCUCAGUCUCAUCCUGCUCCAGAACUACCAGAAUCUGAAUUUUACCGGAUUCCGAAAGAUCCUGAAGAAGCAUGACAAGAUCCUGGAGACGCCCCGUGGGGCUGAUUGGCGGGUGGCCCAUGUGGAAGUGGCUCCGUUCUACACCUGCAAGAAGAUCAACCAGCUCAUCUCGGAAACGGAGGCGCUGGUCACGACGGAGCUGGAAGGUGGGGAUCGACAGAAGGCAAUGAAGAGGCUCAGAGUGCCCCCGCUAGGGGCAGCGCAGCCCGCCCCUGCCUGGACAACCUUCAGAGUAGGACUGUAUUGUGGAGUCUUCAUUGUACUGACUGUGACAUUCCUUCUGACAGGUGUGAUGACGAAGGAGCUCUCCAAUGUCUGGCCCCUGGUGCGGAUCUACAGGGGGGGCUUCCUCCUCAUCGAGUUCCUCUUCCUGCUGGGUAUCAACACGUAUGGCUGGCGCCAGGCGGGGGUCAACCAUGUGCUGAUCUUCGAGCUCAACCCCCGCAGCAACCUCUCCCACCAACACCUUUUUGAGAUCGCUGGGUUCCUGGGUGUGCUUUGGUGCGUCAGCAUCCUGUCCUGCCUGUUCUCCGAAUACAUAUUCAUCCCCACGCAGGCCAACCCCCUCAUCCUGUAUGGCUUCAUGCUCCUCUUCCUCAUCAACCCCACCAAGACCUUCUACUACAAGUCCCGCUUCUGGCUGCUGAAGCUGCUGUUCCGUGUCUUCACAGCUCCAUUCCAUAGGGUGGAGUUUGCAGAUUUCUGGCUGGCCGAUCAGCUUAACUCCCUGACAACCGUGCUGACUGAUCUGGAGUACAUGAUUUGCUUCUACAGCUUUGAGCUCAGCUGGGGUGAGAGAGACGGGCUUCUGCCAUUGACAUCAGGUAAUGCGGUGUGCAACAGCUACUCCUACGGCUUGCGGGCCAUCAUCAAGUGCUUGCCAGCCUGGUUCCGCUUUGUGCAGUGCCUGCGCCGUUACCGUGACACCAAGAGGGCCUUCCCCCACCUGGUCAACGCUGGCAAAUACUCGACCACCUUCUUCAUGGUCACCUUCACAGCUCUCUAUAAGACCCACAAAGACCAGGAUGACUCCGAUUCGCAGGUGUUCUUCUACCUGAUGAUCGUCUUCUCCGUGAUCAGUUCACUCUACACGCUCAUCUGGGACCUGAAAAUGGACUGGGGGCUGUUUGACAAGAACGCUGGGGAAAACACCUUCCUGCGAGAAGAGAUCGUCUACCCCCAGAAGGCCUACUACUACUGUGCCAUCGUGGAAGACAUCAUCCUGCGCUUCGCCUGGAUCAUCAAGACCACCAUCUCCACCAUGGACGUGUUCCCGUCCGCCGACGACAUCCUCUCCACAGUGCUGGCGCCCCUGGAGGUCUUCCGGCGCUUCGUGUGGAACUUCUUCCGCCUGGAGAAUGAGCACCUGAAUAACUGUGGUGAAUUCCGGGCCGUCCGUGACAUCUCGGUGGCUCCGCUCAACGCCGAUGACCAGACCCUCCUGGAGCAGAUGAUGGACCAGGAGGACGGCGUGAGGAACCGCCAGAAGACCAAGGCGUGGAAGAGGAGCCACAGCGUGUCUCUGCGCCGGCCCCGGCUGGCCUCACAGUCAAAGACACGAGACACCAAGGUCUUAAUAGAAGACACCGAUGAUGAAGCCUACACCUGAAGCCUGGGCUUUCUGCUCACAGCCUGAGGACCCGCGCCUCUCUCCAGCUUUCCAGUCAGUCUGCCACAGAGCUGCCUCAGCGCACUUUCCACACACACACAGACAGACACAAUCUCUUGGGGUUUCACUCUAAACUUUGGUUUUGUACAUCAGUUUUCCUUUUUUUUAUUUGUUUCUUUGUUCGUUUUGAGUUUGUCGCCAAUAAGUUGAAGAUACAUUCAAUCAAAGACUGUUUACAAACGUUUAUAUAUAUAUGUAUAUCAGGAUCAACAGGAAAAAAGAAACUAAUAUAAAUAAUACUAAACAAGAGCAAGGACUCAGCACUGGACAAUAAACAAAGCUAAUUCAGACACUCGGCUCGGGCCAGUUUCAGCUGGUUCCAACUGGUUUUUACUUAUGUCUUUCUUUUUUCUUUUUGUCAUUAAGUUGUUUAAGUCAGUGUAUGGCCCUGGGUGCACUUGCAGGAAAAGUGCACGCAAUAUCUAAGAGAAAAACAAGCAAACAAAAAAAAAACCUACUGUUCUCCAUUGGUGAAGUUUUUUUGUUUUUAUUUUUAGUGUAUUAUUCUGAUGUCAAUGUAUUGUUUUUUUCUGCAUUAUUUAUGAAAAGAAGAAUGGUUUGAGUUCUGUGCAAUGAUGCUGAUGUACUGGUUUAAGUGGCAGGGGUGUAAAGUCCUUGUGGGGCAUUGCAAUGCUUUCUGACAGUGGGCCCUUUCUUUAGCUGUUUAAAAACCUUGAGGUGGCCUUGCUCAAGUCUGGUCCCCGAGUAGCUCCUACUUGCGCUGGUGUGUUAGAGUCACGUAAGCCAGAAGAAGGUUCUGAUGCUCAGGUACUGAUCUGGGCAGCCGGUGUUGGUGUUAGUGGUGAUGUUGUCAAGGUCCUGAAUAAGAUCCUACACUUGAGUUUUCUCUCUAGUCAACCAUGAAAGUUCAAAAAAUUCUGAAUGAGAGUUUUACAGUUUUGAUGCUAUUAUUUCUUUAAUAGCUCAAUCUGUAAAUUAAGAAUGAAAAUUGAAGGCCCCUUUUGUUUCUCAGUGAUUAAAAAACAAACAGGGCCAGAGAAAACCAGACACUUUUGAGCACAAUGUUUUUAUUACCGAAAACAAACAACAAUUGGUGGUAGUUAAAAUCGGGGUCUUGGUUAGGGUCAGUCCACAGGUGUUUUCUAUUGCCAGAAGCAUUAAAUUUUUUAAAGAAAACUUUUUUGAUGUGAAAAAGUAAUGUAAUACCACAAUUUACUCCGUUUUCAUUUGCUUCUUAACUGUAAAUGCUGUCAGACAGCUGCACUAGUUCUCUUUGUCAGUGUGCAAUCUGCAGUUUGAGACAGACCAUAGCAAGGUCUCCGGCUCUGGUCCUGCAGAGAUACAGUGUCUUCUAGUUGUUUCCUAAUCCAAACGAAAAUACCUAGAGUGAAUCAGUUAUCAGUUUAAUUCACAAAGAUUAAUGAUAAGAUCCAUAUAACACCUGAAAUUGUAGAACCAGGACUAGGGACUUAACUGAAGGCCAAGCCAAAUACUGUAGGAAAAGAAUUAGACUGUGGCGUCAUGAAGCCAGAGAGCUUAGCUUCGGUGUUAAAGCUUCGUUUCUUUGUACUGCUAGGACCACCAAAGUAUGAUGUAGCACGCAUCCAAAUGAAAGUUAAUAACCCAAAUAAUAAAUUCAGCUAAUUAGAAACUCAAAUAAAAGAUUAGCUAAAUGCAUCAGGUUAAGAAGUAAUUUCAGAUGGAUAAGUGUCUUACUUAAUCUAUUAGUUUUUAUUAAGCUUUUUUGGUAUUGCAUGAACCCAAAAGAUUACAGUAUCUGAAUGAAUCAGGCUUCCCUGUAAUGGAAAAAAAAACAAUCCUACAGACAAAUUCACAGAGAUGAAUGGCAGUAGAAAAGCUGUCUGCCUACUCACAAAUUAGGUUACUAGCAAAUCUUUUUUGUUUGAAAAAGGUAUAGUCUGUUAAAUUGUUUCUUCCCUUAAACUUCCUUCAGCAGUCACAAGGUCAUCCUGUAUGUCGCCACAUUACUGCAGUUGCUAUCCUAUAUACAGUAAGUCACAGGUUAUAUAGGAUAGCAACUUAUAAAGUGUUCAUAAACACAUAUUGUAGUGUUCAUAAACUACAUGGACCAAAAUUUCACUAGUUUUUAUGAGAGGAUAUUCUCAUGUUACGCUUCCAUGAUCAUUUCAUUUACAGCCUUUGAUACAUUCCCCGUCAUUUUCAUUUUUAUGGACUUUUACACACAAACCAGUUGAAGGCUUCCCCAAUUUUUCAUUUUGUCCCAUGUCAGGACACUAACCAAAUCUAAACCCAACAAAACCAGACCGUAAGUUAGUUUACUGUAUAGCCACCUUCCCAACAUGUCUAAACUUUCUGAGUGAACUCAUCCCAGUUGCUUUCAGAGAUGAGGUUGAUACCAUCAUUAAUGUCUGCCCAGGGUAAUAUAAUGAGAAACAGAGGGGGGUGUAGAGAGAUACAGAUGAGCAGUAAAGGAUUGGUGUUUCAUUCAUAUCAGUGUCAUGUUCAGGUAAACAUCUUUUCACCACAGCUGUUUUAGAGCUUUUUUUUAAAAAAAAAGGUUGUCCCCAUUAUGCUUCCAAAAACUAAAAAGGCUUGACUGAUGUUUACUGUCAUAAAUUUUAAAACAGGAGCCUUUUUAUUCAAGUUCUUUAUACUAUUUUUAUUUAAAUAUUUAAAUAUUUUGCAAGUGACAGAGCGAAGUUCCAUUUGUAUCUUUAACAGACAAAAAGUGACUAUUAAGUACUGGGUGAGGGAUAGUUUUCUUGUCUUAUUGGUACCAACCCAGCCAAUAAAAUAGGUGUUUAAACUCACGGAAUGAAAAAUGCUUAAAGAGCAGUGAAAUUUGAAAAGGGCAGAACAUGUUAUUUCCGUUAUCGGAGACUAGAACCCAACGCCAUCCUCAAGGAUUUUAAAUGUGCAGGGGAGGUUUUCAGAUGUCAGAUCCACGGGCAAGGGGCUGGUUAAUGUUGCAAUGAUACCUGCUCUAAAGAACUGUAGAGAAUGUUUUAAACUUGUGAAAACAGGGUGGACUUCAGUUGACGCUUUAUUGCACAGUUUAUUCAAAUGAGCUGUUUUUGUCCACUUAGUCUAGGAAACGAAUGUGCAUUUGUGAGAUGAAUACCUUUCAAUUGUUUUCAAGACAAUUUUGUUUUCUUUGAUAUUUCUCUGGAAUGGUCAAUGCAAAGGACUCCUUAGUGCUCCCAGAAAUCUCUCAGGCCAGGCGUUUGAAAGAUGGACAUGGGCUCUAGAAGUAAACAGGAAGGAAAGAGCGCACUGCCUUUAUAACCUUUGUCCCCAUGCGACAAGAGACCCAGAAGAUGACUCAGCAGUCUUCCUGUGGGUGAAUUCUCUGAGAUCAGGCUGUGUACCCCUAGAAAGUGAUGAGUCAGACGUGAACUACCAUUAAAUACAGGUAUUCCACAGGGUAUAACUGAUCUUGAUGUCACAUACCCAGACAUCUGACAGGCACAAUAAGCAUGCUUGUGUGUUCUAGAACAGAGAGUGAUGGAGCUAUAAGGAUAGUUGGAAAGUUAGAAAUUCAUACUAACAAGAAUUGAUUGUCCCGACAGGGAACUUUGUAAAACCCAACAUUUCCACAGCUCACAGCAGUUCCAUCUGAGAUUCGGAUUUCACAUCUGGUCUGUACAGUAUGCUACAAUAACACAGCUGUUGUUUCCCCUUUGCACUUUGGUUUUGCAAAGCACCUUCUAUAGAAAAAAAAAAGUUGUGUUCCUGCUUCGGAAAGCCUGCGUGGUUCCCUGUGCUCUGCCAAACCUGAGACAAAAGUGGGUAUGUCAGCAUUUCCUUCUUGAGUAAGAUGCAGUGUUUUCUCUAAACAUUUCUUUUUGUAAUAAAUUUCCAUAAAUUGUAAUGUAAAUUGUAAAACUUGUUUUUAAGCACGACUGUGUUAUGACUGUAUCUGACUCUCAAGGAACAUAUGGCUGGUCACAUCAGUGUUGCUCAACACAGGGAACUCCCCAUCAACUCAGUACUUACAUACAGUUAGCAUCUGAAUUUUAAUGGUGGUCCGGCAAAUGGUCAGUUAAACAACUGAGGACCUGGUUAUAGCAAAAUAUUGAGUGGAUUGCAAAGGGAUUGGGAUUGACAUCUGGGAUUGCCUUGAUCAGUGCAUUUCAGUAUAACCAAUGAUAUCAGAAGGCUUCACAGUGAAGCCUUAUCUGAUCUAAUAAUUAUCCACAGAUUUUCAACCACCUUAUGGGUAAGACCUGAAAUACUAUGAAGAAAAGGAUCACAGCAACCAAGUCUGUUGUUCAGGAAUGGCCAGCAUUGUUCCAUUCAACUGAUUCAAGACAGACUUUUGUUGUACAAUUUUAAAGCACCACAAUCCUAAUAGUAAUUACAAUAUUACAGACAUGUUUUUGGAAAAAAUUUGGAAAAGGCAAAAAAAAUGUCAAAUGACCACUUCCUUUAAGGGUCUUAAAUGAUCUAUUCCAUAUUUGCUUCUAAUAUCACAACACCGUAAUGAGCCAUGCUUGAUAAUCUAUAAUAGAGUAGUGCUUGGUUUACAGUGCAAACUACAGAUCUGUGGGCUCCCAUGAUCCCACAUCAUUAUUAAGGAAGAAGACAGCCUAGAAUUGUUUUGAGUCAUACGGACUUGUACCACGCUGUGGCCUAUGGGGUGUCUUUCCUUCUUGACAGCAUGGGCUGAUCUUCUGGAAAAGUGAAUACUAUAAACCUCUGCAGCUGUGCUGGGUCCAGUGCGUGCGCUUUAGAAGUUGAUAGUAAAGCUGAUCAGCAGUGGGAUUGGGGGUGUUGUUGAGAGGGCAACCAACUCAUUCACCCCUCAGAGUCAGAUUGACUAGUCCCCACUCGUGUCAAGGCUGUGCUACUGGAGUAAUGAAGUGGGGAGUGAUCGAAUCACUGCCAUGCACACUUCUGUUCUCCUGGGAUUCUCCUACACAUGUGUUUUUUGUUCUUUUAUCAAUGGAGAAUGGAAACUGCAACUACUUUCCUUUCUUGUUUGGUGAUUUCUGUAUACAUAGUCUGGUGAAGGUUUACAUUUAAAACUUUUGCCAGUUUUAGUGACGUAAUGACCAAUUCUUAGUUAUCCGAGCUUGAACAUUUGCACAAAUACUCACUGGUGCACAAGCAUUUGCGAUAUGGUCAAAAUUGAAUAGAGGAACCCAGGUGCCUUCCUGCAUGUACCUCUGAGAACCUUACCGUACUUUCACACAUGGGUUGUUUUCAGGAUGGAAAUGUUCUGUGUCAUAACAGGAUUCUGAAAAGAAAAUAGAUCAGUUCACUCAUCAGGAAAGAGCUGCAGGGCUUCGGAAAUAGAUUGUGUGAACUCAAGUGGAUCAGCAUGAUCCUAACAGGACGUAAAAGCCUUUAAGAAUGUGGCCUUCUUUCUUAAAAGAGAUGCUUUUACCAAAUUCCUAAAGCUCAGGCUCUUGGCACUGGAGACUCCUUGUUUUUUGGUUUCCAUCAUGUACAGUAUUAGUUAACUUAAUUUAUCCCCAUUAAUUGAGCCCUUCUAACCCUUUUUAACUCGUAAACUGUGUGACAGAGGUAGAAUGUAGUGUCAUCACCUGUAAAAAAUGCUGGGUUUCAAAAACUUCCAAGACUCUAGGCUUGAAGUCUUUUGUUUGAAAGAGUAGGUGUCUGCUGAGGUACACUCUUGUACUUUCCGUUCUGAAUCUGUGCAGUUACUUCACUGUCACGACUCAUGCAUGCGCAGAAAGGCAGUUUGUUUAGAAAAAAGCAAAACAAUGAUGAACAGUAGGUCCCCCAUGUGUUGUCACAUGUGGAUCACCACCAAAACUUAGUGCAGAUUCAGAAAUCUAGUUUGGCGCAGGGAAUAAUGUGCACAUGCGUUCCGAUUCUGUAAAGUCCAUGAAAGACAAAAACCUUAAAUGCCUGUUAACAUCUGUCAAAGAGUUUGAGAUGCCCCUACAGAGCGACAGGUUCUGGACUGGUGUCUCCCUGCACAAGCUGUGAUGGCAAGUGGGGCACUGGUCAGUCUGAGUCUGCCUGUAGGACUAGCUCUUGUGUAGUCGGUGCUGCGCCAUGGCCCAGCUAUAGAGGUCAAAGUGUUGUCAGGAGGCUCUCUGGAAACCCCAUCUGCCUCUUGAGUCCAAGUCCUGGACCACACACUUUCCUCUUCACCAUGUGUAUCCAGGACUUUGUUGCUCAAGAAAAGGAAAAAUAAGUUUCUUGAGCGUUGAAUCCAUUCUGAAUUUUACAUAAGAGUUAUUAAUAAACCUUAAGGUUUGAACCGUUGUAGUUUUCACUUUCCAUGAGGUCGUCUCAUCGUGCAUUGAUGUUUGAACAGCAGAUUGUAACUGCUUACAGUGGCGUUUAUUUCCCCUUGAAAGACGAGCUCUGUUGCCUAAUCUUUGUAAAGAGAUCUGAUUACCUUUAAUUAGUACUCAAUCAGAAAUGCUAAUCUUUUUGGAAAACAAGGUUUUUAUUUUUUUGUUGCACAGAAAUGGGUUGAAGCACCCGUCUUGGGAAUCCAAACAGGAAUGUGGGUGGUAAAUUUAAGGCAAAUGUGUGAUCAUUUAAAUUGUGAAAGUGCUGUUCAGCUUGCAGUCAUGUUUCAAAAACAAACAAAAGCACUUUGGAUGGCACCAUAUUCCAGGCAGUGCAGAGAGCCUCGUAUUUUAAUGUCAAAGCUAUUGCUCCGUAGUGAUCUGGUACUCAACCUUUGAUUUUUGCUGAUCAUUAUUUCAGAAAAAAACGUUCUCCCAUUUUCUAACUACAAUAUUUAAUAGUGUUAUAACUGACAACUGGCGUCCUAAUGGCUUAUAUAACAGACGUGUAUUGUGUUCCACCAGCUGCCUCGUCAUUUCAGCCUGCCUGUGUACGAAUCAGGCACUCAAACUGAAAGGCAGGUAGGAGGAAGAGUAACAUUUCCAUACAGGGUAGAACUGAAACCGAUCGCUCAGGAAAAAUAUAGUAGAAGUUUAAACAUCAAGAAGAUUUCCAGCACAAAUGUUUAAGAAUGUAAUAAAUGGGGCACUUUGGUGGUAUUGUAUAAGUUCUUCUGUAGAAGCUACUGGAUAAUGUGUGCAUCUAAGCUCUGUGCACAGCUUGCUUUCAUUCCUGCUGACAGCCUGUGCCAUCCAACUGAGAGAUGAAGGGCAGUCUCAAGCAUUGAAUUUCUUCUUCCCCCCCUUGGACAGGCCAUGCCUGGCCCUGGUGGUGUGUGGCUCAUGGAGGACUGCGUCGUGUAGGUAGGCAUAAACCGAAAAUACUGUUCUUGAUUUAAGGGGUUUCCAUUGUAGCGGGUGACCUUUGAAAGCACAGAUUUACAUUCGCACAGAGAGUUGCCUGUACACUCCUCCAGUGAGCCAAUCAUCUAAACUUUUUGGGGAAGUAAGAAAUAAAAUAGCAGCCACCAAGAAGCAGAGAGGAUAUGAUUCUCUGACCAUCACCAAACAAGGCUCAAAGGACUGCUGAAUGGAAGACCACAGCAGAUUUUGGCCUUGAUGUUGUCUGUGGCCGACUAUAUUCUGUAAUGUCCUGAUCUGACUGAAGCUCCUGCAAAAAUAAUUCAACUUCAAGACCGACCCAUAUAAUUUUCCAUCCCAUGUAAAAUGAGGAGCAUUACUGCUAUGGGAGUUUAUAACCAUAACUGCAAUUUCCUGAUAUCUUUAGUGCCACAAAAGCUCUUCUGAAGUGUGCUUCUCUUACAAUCUACUUUUCUGGGUUCUCUGUCAGAACAGACUGGGCAAAAUUGGGGGUAAUGUAGUCAUCCAUUGAACCUCAGUUUUACACAUCUCUGCUAACGAGUGCUGCAAAUACUGGUUGCUCCUUCACAGAACUAGAGGACAUAAAUAUUACAGUUCCAUUUGGUAUUUUAUUUACAUUAUUCAUUAACAUUUGUGAUCAAAAGUUAAUAUUUUGAUCAAAAUGAGCCCAUUAGCUUGGAAAUAAUUCUUAAUUUAUUUUAUUGUUUUUUUCAACUGUAAUCACCCCUGAAAUGCAUGAAGAGACCUGAGACCUUCCUCGUUCCCCCACUGCAGAGGAGAUGCUGGGGUAACGAGAAAGUGAACGUGUGCUCACACAGAGGAGCGACCACAACACAGCGUGACACUAUACAUCCAGACGUGUUCACUGGGAGACUGGGGGAGUUUCCAUUGAUUAAUGAGAUGAGACAUCUGUCACUCUCUUUAGGGUGAUGCACGUGAAAUGCCCAUCUCUGAUAGUGUGGGGAAAAAAGUUCUCUGUGAGAAACUACCGCUGUACAAUCGGUUCCAUUAAGCACCUGACUGUGAGGGUCAGAAUCCAAAAAGACGCUUGUGUUGAUGUUAAAAGCUGGUUCUUUUGAACUUGGAACAGGGGACCGUGAGGAGGGCUGAUGUAAAGAACUAGUCAGGGGUCUUCCUCUUCAUUCAGCCACUGCAAAGUUUAGUCCACUAUCUUGUCCUCACUACUCACAAUUAAGGUGCUAUCCAGGCUCUUUCCUACUGGGAGAGCUCUUGCCAGCCUUUUACAGUCCCCUGCUUCCUGCAGAGACCGGCUUUUCUGUGGCUAAGGUUUCAGAUUGCAUCACAAGCAGAAAACAGAAGGAAAUGAAGGGACAUUUCAGUUUCUUGUCUUCUUCCAGACAUUAUCUGCAGUUAUAGUAGCUCUUGACAACUCAGCAUUUUGAAAGUUCCUCUUUUCUAUAGGUUCUGUCUUGAUAUGUGUUUUUGUUUCCCUUAGUUGCUGUAGUGUUCUCUGUUACCGGGGUCAUGAACAACUGAUAUCUGCCUUUGUCUAAAUAAUGUCUGCUUUUCUCAUAACUACCUGAGCAGAUAUUAGACUUUACAAUCUUACUUACCUAAGCUGGAAACAGAAUUUGUUAAACCUGCGAGCACAAUCUUUGGGCUUUACUCUUGAAAGCAGGUGACCCUCGGCAGAGUUCUGCUGUAGGGGCGUCUGGCUCUUCAAAGGAAGUUUAACUGUACUCAGUUCUGUGUUGCUGUCCACUCUCUCUUCUUCUUCUUCUGUAUCACACCUGUGGCUAUGUGUGCUUCUUCAUUCUGUCACAGAAUAGGUACAUAUCGUGAUCAGCUCAUGUUCGCCAGCAUCGCCGUUUUCUCUGGCAACAGUGGCUGUGCUGUUAAGAUGACAAAAGGGGGCCAAGGAGCUGCUUUUCAAAGAAAACAUUCCUCAUCUUGCACAUGUUGGGAAUGUAAAAGAGAAAGAAAAGGCGUGAAGGAGAGUUGGCACAAGCAUUGUCAGGCACUGCUUCAGCUAGCACGUACUGUACCAGACCUCAGCUCACAGCAUCACAGCUGUCAUUCCUGGACUCUAUCGACAUCGAGCAGUUUGCGAAAGUGGAGAUACAGGUGUAGCUCAGGUAUCCACAAACCCAGGAAAAGCAAGCUAUAGCAAUUGAAAAAAUACUUACCUCAUGUAGUUGCAUAAACAAAUAUUGACUGGCUGACUUGUGAAUUUAAUUGGACAUUGUCUCCUCCUUAUGCGGAUGAACAAGAUUAGGUAUUACAGGUAGUUGCAUCUGAAGCCAUAUUAAUUGCUAUUUAGCAACUAAUGAAUAACAUUGGGCAAAAGGGUGACAUAGUAGUGUGCAUCCAUUGGCCAGGCCACCAAAGAACUAAGUAACUCUUACAAUCCUAAGGACUCCUGUAAUUUCUUUGACACCUGCUGUGUUACUCUGCGUUACCCCACUUUUAAGGUAAAAAAAAAAGAACUUGGCUCCUACUUGUGACAACAGCACAGCCGGAGCUUUUCAUAAUUGCUUUGCCAAUGUCUCACCAGCAUGCUGCGUUGUACAAUUGAACUUUUUCCAUUUUCCAUUUUAUUUUAAGUCAACUUUAAAGAAGAAAAAAGCAGUAUUUUAGCGGAUAAGGAGCAAUCCUGAUAGUUUCACGAACCUGCACUCUUUCUAGUGUAUAAAACCUGUCGAGUCCUGUGUGUGGAAAAAUGAAUCCACGUGAUUUUGGAAUGUGAUUGGUCUUUCUCGUUGGUGCUUCUUUAGUUUCCUGUUCAUCAGCUUUGCGUGCUCCUUCAUCUGCAGGGCUUGUGUUGCCAGAGGUGGGUGGGGGCAUGCCCCAAAGUCCACCAGAAAGACUAAGGUGCUGACAGAAAUAAAAGUUAAGGUGGAAACUUUUUGGAGGCAGAUCUCAAAUGCUGUAGAUUUAAUAGAAAAAAUACUGACUCGAUAGGGUCAGACGCUACUCCUCAAGCUUGGAGUUUGAGGAGAGCCAUUUUUUGUAAAGUGUUUUUGUAAGCCAAAAGACUUGAAUACGCAAGCCCUGACAUCUGUUUUUCUUACAGGGAGUAAAAACCGAACCCUAUUAUUUGCUAAUUAACUGCUUGCUCUAUCCAUGAUGUAAAAUGCUAGAUAUCUCUCUUCUCUUUUCUCUUUCUCGAUGUGUUGUAUCCUUUCUUUCUAGUUAGGCAACUGUGACAGUGUCCGUAGCUUAUAGAUGGCUGUAAUUAAAAACAAAAAGGAAAAAAAAAACUUAUGUGGUUAUGUGUUUAAACAACGGAAAAAAAAUGAAAAGCAAAUGAAAAGCAAAGUCUUAAAGUCCCCUUUUUACAACUAGUUUGUGAAUGUUGAGUGUAUUGCGCUGUACUAUGAUGGUUUUACUGAUGGUCUAAUUUGUAUUUCUGUAUACACUGGUGAUCCUGUAAUAUUUGGGUUUUAUAAACCACGCUUAUUUUUAAAAGUGUA